AUGGCUUUCAUUUUCGCUGUUGCCCUUGUUAUGGUUGUCGCCCACCAGGCUCAUGCUGCGUGCAUUUUGCCAUCACCUGGAUCCUUAACCGCCCCACCGGCGCCAGUUCCAUCCACCCUGGCUCUGCCAUGUGACGCUUGCGGUCCACUCAAGACCCAAAUCACCCAGCACCCUGACAUCAACUUCGACCUCCCUCUUCCAGAAGAAAUCCCAUUGGGCAGAUUCUGCGCUUGCCAGAAAUACGGCAUCACCCCAUCCUUGAGACCAUGCCCACCUCGCCCACGUAUCCCCGUUCCAGUAGCACCGGCACCACGUCCAGCUAUUGUCAGCAUCCCUGCUUAUGCCGCUCCAGCUCCAGCUCCAGCUCCAGCUCAAGUUGUUUACAGCGUUCCAGCUCAAUCUGCUGUGAUUUACGGUAGCCCAGCUGCAUGCGGUGCCCCAGCUGUCUCUGUUAACCCAGCGUCAGUCAGCGCUUUCCUGAGAGGAGGCUGCUCUUGCGCUUAA